CAUCCCUCAAAAAUCAAAGAUGGCGGCUGUGGUUGGCCAAAAUUUUCUUCGUAUAGGCCGCCACCAGGCACCGCCUGUUCUAGCUACUGCAUAUGUCCAAAAAAGAGAUGCCAGUUCAACAAGUCUUACAGCAGUUAAAAGGGGACGGGGUGGUCGGUCAUCUUUCAGUGGUGUCGUGGCAACUGUCUUUGGAGCUUCAGGGUUCAUUGGAAACUCAGUUGUCAAUAGAUUAGGUAAAAUUGGAUCUCAGGUGAUCAUCCCAUACAGAGGAGACCCCUAUUGGUGUCAAAAGUUAAAACUAUGUGGGGAUUUGGGACAGAUUCUGUUUCAGCCAUACCAAGUUACAGAUGAAGCAUCUAUAAGGAAGGCACUGAAGUAUUCUAACACUGUCAUCAACCUCGUAGGUAGAGACUGGGAAACCAAAAACUUUAAGUUUGAUGAUGUCAAUAACAAAGCUGCAAGAUUAAUUGCCAAAGUGGCCAGAGAAGAGGGAAUUGAAAGACUUAUUCACUUCUCAGCUCUCAAUGCUUCUGACUCGCCACAAAAGAUUUACACUAAAGAAGGAUCAGAAUUUCUUCGUACAAAGGCAGAAGGUGAGAAUGCGGUCAGGGAAGAAUUCCCAGAUGCCACAAUCAUCCGCCCCUCAGAUGUCUUUGGUCGCGAGGAUCACUUCUUUUACUACUAUGCCAAUGCGGCCAGGCGAUCUAGAGUCCUCAACACUAUGCCAAUGUGGGAGAAAGGAGAGCGCACCAUUAAACAGCCAGUCUUUUUGGGUGAUGUUGCUGAGGGUGUCAUCAAUGCACUACUGGAUCCAGAUGCACCUGGGAAGGUCUAUGAAGCCGUUGGUCCUCAUCAGUACUACUUGUGUGACCUGGUGGAUUAUUUCUAUAGAAUUAUGAGAUGGAGGAAUUUCAAGCGAACCUAUAUGUUCCCAACCUUUUGGGCUAAGGUUGCAGCCAUGAGCCAAUUGCCAAAUAGACCUCCCCUCUCUCCAGAUAAAAUUGAACGGGAGUUUAUCACAGACCGACCAACUGGUUGUCCCACGCUAGAAGACCUUGGUGUGAAAACCCUCACAAGUAUAGAAAAACGCGCCUUUUACGACCUUAAAGCCUUCAAAGCAAACGCAUACUAUGAUGAAAACUUAGGCGAAUUUGCAGAGGCUUCUCCUCCACCAAAAUAUGUCCCUGCGUGAUGAAAUAAAGACUUAGGAAAUAAUUUAUAUGUUAAUAUGUUCAUAGAUUGGACUGAAGUGAGCUAUAUAGUUGUUACUAGUGAAAAUCCCAAAUGCUGUUUAUAAAGACAUGAUGGCCAACCAAAAUUCUGUCAUUAUUAGCUUGAUGAACUUUUGAAAAUAAAACCUCUGUGAUGAAUAUAUUUACCAUUUUCUGCUGUAUAAAUGUCAUAUGGUAUAUGAAAUUCAGAUUAAAAGCCUCAGAUCCUCUGCCAAAACUGUUUUAUGACAUGUAAGAGGUGUAUUUAACUGGACUAUCAUACCUAUUUGUAAUAGUUUGGAUUAGCACUUAUAGCAGUUACACUGCCAAAGUUAAUAUUAUGUUAUGCAGUAAUGCCUACUUUGCAAAAUAAAUGAAUUUCAAAACACUA